AUGUCCGUGCGCCGCGGCCAGCGGCCCGCGCGGCCCGCCACCCGCCUCUCCUGGCUGCUGUGCUGCAGCGCCCUGCUGUCGCCGGCCGCGGGCUACGUGAUCGUGAGCUCGGUGUCCUGGGCCGUCACCAACGAGGUGGACGAGGAGCUGGACAGCGCCUCCACCGAGGAGGCGCUGCCCGCGCUCCUGGAGGACUCGGGCAGCAUCUGGCAGCGCAGCUUCCCGGCCUCCGCGCACAAGGAGGACGCGCACCUGCCGCCCCCGCCCGGCGCCGCCCGCGCCAGGCCGCCCCCCGCGCCGCCCGGGAUGUUCUCCUACCGGCGCGAGAGCGGCCCCAGGCUGCGCCCUGGCACCGCCCGCUUCCUGGCCCACGCCAGCGCCUGGGGCUGUCUGGCCACCGUGUCCGCCCACGAGAAGAUCCCAGGACUGCCGUUUGGGAACUGCCUGCCCAUCAGCGAUGGCCCCUUGAACAACAGCACUGGGGUUCCUUUCUUCUAUGUGACACCCAGGGACCCUGCAGUGGCCGAUCUGAUGAAAAACCCCAUGGCCUCCCUCCUGCUGCCGGAAUCGGAAGGAGAGUUCUGCAGAAAAAAUAUCGUCGACCCGGAAGACCCCCGAUGCGCCCGCCUGACGCUCACCGGCCAGAUGAUCGCCGUGUCUCCAGAAGAAGUAGAAUUUGCCAAGCAAGCCAUGUUUUCAAGACACCCCGUGAUGAGGAAGUGGCCUCGUCAGUAUGAGUGGUUCUUUAUGAAGAUGAGGAUAGAACAUAUCUGGCUUCAGAAAUGGUAUGGAGGCGUAUCCGACAUUAAAAAGGAGGACUACUUCAAAGCAGUCCCACGCAAGGCCUGA